CUGAGUCUUCCUUGUCAAAUUUUAUUACCCAACUUCACACAGCUCCAUCACUACGCUUGUAGACUUAUUCAAUCGGAUAAUACUCUCGUAUCAACAACAAUGGCACAGCCAUCAAAAUCAGUUCAAGUGAGCGAAGUCAAAGGCAAUACACGCGAUAGUCGCACGGCCGUGCAUACACACAUCAAAGGCCUUGGCCUCCGAUCUGAUGGUAGCGCUGAGAAACAGGCCAGCGGGUUUGUAGGUCAGACCUCAGCGCGUGAGGCAUGUGGUGUUGUUGUAGAUCUUAUCCGCGCGCAAAAAAUGGCUGGAAGGGCUAUUCUGCUAGCUGGCAGUCCCGGUACUGGAAAAACAGCACUUGCUCUCGCCAUAAGCCAGGAACUUGGGACGAAAGUACCUUUCUGUCCUAUUACAGGAAGUGAGGUUUACUCAACCGAGGUAAAGAAAACGGAGGCACUUAUGGAGAAUUUCCGUAGAGCUAUUGGCCUAAAAGUUCGCGAGACGAAGGAAGUUUAUGAGGGCGAGGUCACCGAGCUAACUCCUGAAGAAGCUGAGAACCCUCUUGGUAGUUAUGGGAAGACUAUCAGUACCUUACUUAUUGGGCUCAAAAGCGCAAAGGGCCAGAAAAAACUUCGCCUCGACCCUAGCAUAUACGAGGCUAUACAAAAAGAGAGAGUAACAGUUGGAGAUGUUAUCUACAUUGAGGCCAACACUGGAGCAUGUAAGCGUGUGGGAAGAUCCGAUGCUUACGCUACCGAAUUCGAUCUGGAGGCCGAAGAAUAUGUACCAAUUCCAAAAGGUGAAGUUCACAAGAAGAAAGAAAUAGUGCAAAAUAUAACUCUCCACGAUCUUGAUGUAGCAAACGCUAGGCCCCAGGGUGGGCAAGAUAUUAUGAGUAUGAUGGGACAACUGAUGAAGCCAAAAAUGACCGAGAUUACGGAGAAGCUUCGAUCCGAAAUUAACAAGGUUGUCAACAAAUAUAUUGACCAAGGAGUUGCCGAGCUCGUUCCCGGCGUGCUCUUUAUAGAUGAGUGCCACAUGCUUGACAUUGAAUGUUUUACCUACCUCAAUAGAGCUCUUGAGUCGAGUAUUUCUCCGAUUGUUAUACUGGCAUCUAAUCGUGGAAUGUGUACUAUUCGAGGUACUGAGGAUUUGGUUUCGGCACACGGCGUUCCACCUGAUCUUUUGGCUCGUUUACUCAUCAUUCCAACUUGCGCAUAUCAGCCUGAUGAAAUCAAAAGGAUCAUUCGGACACGGGUCAGCACAGAACAGCUCGGCAUCACAGAAGCUGCUCUAGACAAAGUUUCCGAACAGGGCUGCCAAGUCAGUCUCAGGUAUGCUUUGCAGCUCCUAACACCUGCAAGCAUCGUAGCUCGGGUUAACGGCCGAAAGCAAAUUGAUGUCAUGGAUAUUGACGAGUGCCAAGAUUUGUUUAUUGACGCCAAAAGAAGUGCAGCUAUCGUAAACAGUGAGAUUAGCCACAGCUUCAUCUCAUAG